GCUUCCCCUGGAGCGGCAACUACCAACGGUCUCUCUUUGAGAAACUCCCGAGCUAGGCUGGGGAGAGCGGACAUGGCGGCCGCGGGCCCUUCUCUGGCGGCGAGGUUCGUGGUGGUCGGCGGGGGCAUCGCGGGCGUCACCUGUGCGGAGCAGUUGGCUACUCAUUUUCCAUCAGAAGAAGUUCUUUUGGUAACAGCUUCUCCAGUUAUUAAAGCAGUCACAAAUUUUAAGCAGGUUUCUAAAAUAUUGGAAGAAUUUGAUGUUGAAGAACAACCAAGCACUAUUUUAGAAAAACACUUCCCCAACAUUAAGGUUUUAAAGUCCGGAGUAAAGCAGCUCAAGACGACAGAGCAUUGCAUUUUAACAGAAGAUGGCAAUCAGUAUAAAUAUGAAAAACUGUGUCUGUGUGCUGGAGCUAAACCAAAGUUAAUAUCUGAAGGAAAUCCAUAUGUAUUAGGAAUCCGUGAUACAGACAGCGCUCAGGAAUUUCAGAAACAACUCACUAAAGCCAAAAGAAUAACAAUCGUUGGGAAUGGAGGCAUUGCGCUUGAGUUAGUGUAUGAAAUUGAAGGCUGUGAAGUGAUUUGGGCUAUUAAAGACAAAGCAAUUGGGAAUGCUUUCUUUGAUGCUGGAGCAGCAGAAUUCCUGACCUCAGAGCUCACUUCUAAAAAAUCUGAAGCUAAAAUUACAUGUAAAAGAACCAAAUACACAAUAGAAGAAAAUGAAAAGGAAGCAAGUGCCAUAGCUAAUGAUGGUAAUCUAGGCAGUGCCUUGGGACCUGAUUGGCAUGAAGGUUUAAAUCUUAAAGGAACAAAAGAGUUUUUCCACAAAGUUCACAUUGAAAACAUGUGUGAAAUUAAGAACAUUUAUCACCAGGAAGAAUUUAAGCAAUUGAAGAAAACAUCCUUGACAUUUCCUAGAGAUUGUCAGGAUAAGUCAAAUGAUAAAGAUACGUGGCCCGUAUAUGUAGAAUUGACCAAUGAGAAGAUAUAUGGCUGUGAUUUUAUUGUCAGUGCAACUGGAGUCAUACCAAAUGUUAAGCCUUUCCUUGAUGGCAACAAUUUUAUGCUUGGUGAAGAUGGUGGCUUGAAAGUAGAUGAUCAUAUGCGUACAUCACUUCCCAGUAUCUAUGCUGCAGGAGAUAUCUGUACUGCAUCAUGGCAACCUAGUCCAGUCUGGCAGCAGAUGAGGCUGUGGACUCAAGCUAGACAGAUGGGAAACUAUGCAGCCAAAUGCAUGGCUGCAGAUACUCUGGGAGACUCUAUUGACAUGGAUUUCAGUUUUGAACUUUUUGCUCAUGUAACAAAAUUUUUUAACUAUAAGGUUGUAUUACUGGGAAAGUACAAUGCACAAGGCUUAGGUUUAGAUCACGAAUUAAUGCUUAGGUGUACCAAAGGACAAGAAUAUGUUAAAGUGGUCAUGCAGAAUGGACGGAUGAUGGGAGCCAUUCUCAUUGGUGAAACAGACUUGGAAGAAACAUUUGAAAAUUUGAUUUUAAACCAGAUGGACCUUUCAGCAUAUGGAGAGGAUUUGCUAGAUCCAAAUAUUGAUAUAGAAGACUAUUUUGACUAAAAAAUAUUUCCUUUAAGCCACUGGAAAUAAGAAGAAUCUCAAGUCAAGGCAGAAAGUUGAAUCAUUGUAGCAACUUAGAUGAUAAACAUUAUGCUGAAGUUAACUAUGCAAGGGUCUUAAUGAUGAAGUUUUAUGGAAAGAUCGGAAAUUAAUUUAAAAGAUCAAUAAGCAUGCCCAGCUAAUUGUUGUGUUUUUAUACUGUAUUACUGAUUAACUUGAACACGUGAUAUAGUUUGGAAAUAAUGUAUUUUACAUUUCACAGACUCUUAGGUUCCCCUAAAGAAGGGACCCUAAAGGCAAUCUAGGCAAACCUCUACCUGAACAAGACUCCCCCUCUAUAUCCAUACUCAGCAACUGGUCAUCUAGCUUUGGCUUGAAGACUUGGGGUAAGGGUGAGAAGGAAGGGUGAGCAGAGGAGAGAAACCCUAUUUCCCAAGACAGCCUGUUUCACUUUAAGAUAGCUUUAAUUGCUAGGAAGUUUUUUCCUUACAUUAAGCUUACAUUUGCCACUUCUACACAUUUAUUCCUAGUUCUACCUCUUGGUCCCAGCAAACAAGUCUGAUACUUCUUUGUGACACUUGAAGAUAGCUACACAUUCUUCUAUAAAUCUGAUCUUACUGUAGUCUCAAGACUUUACUGUCUUUAGUCACUCUCCUUUGAAUCCUCUUUAGCUGAAUACAAGAGCAAAUAUUCCAAGUAGUUUAACCAAAUUUUUCCUAAUUUGCUCCCCUUCACAUCCUUUGCAAUUCAAUCUCUUGCUAUUCUUCACAUCUAGCACUCCCAUCUCUGUGCAUUUACACACUGUUCCCCAUGCCUGGAAUGCAUUCUCUGACAACCCCUUGUUAGAAUCCUUAGUUUCAUUCAGAGCUCAGCUCAGGUGCCCACCUUUAACAUUAGGGCUUUCUCUCAGCUGCUCACUGCCUCCUCCCUCCAUCCCCCAUUUUAUUCAUUCUGAUUAAAUUUUGAAUAUAUUUUGAGUAUAUUUAUUUUGAAUAUAUUUACUCUUGUAAUAAAAUGUAAGCACCUUACAGGCAGAGAAUUUAUCCCUAAGGCCUAAUGCACAGUAGGCAUAUUGGCUAAUUGACCAAGGCAGUGUACAGCAGAACCAUUGUCUCCCUAAUCAUCUACUACACUAUCUCUCCAUGCAGCCAAAGAUAACAUUAGCUUUUCCAGCUAAUAUAUCAGACUGUUCGCUCACUUUGAGUUACCAGCCCACAAAAACCCCACAGCUCUUUUUCACAUAAACUCUGCUAUACUAUACUAUACAUGUGAAAUUGAUCUUUUUAACUGUGUAUUUAUAUUUAUUCAAUUUGUAGCCUGUUGAAGAUUUUUUUAAUCAUAUCACACAGAAGUGAUAAAUUAAAAUCUACGCCUUUAUUCGGGUCAUUAAUAAAAAUGUUGACUAACAUGGGUCCAAGCAGAUUGCUGGGGCACUCAUUGCAUUCGAU